AUGUUACAGCAUACAAUAUUUGCUCAUAUUCUUCUCUGAAGUAUCACAUUUAUGCACUGCCAUGUAUUGUAUUGUUGUCAAUGAAUUGCAAUUCUCAUUUUAGUCUCUAAGUGCCGCUGUCGGUCAAUGUGAGGAGAAUAUUACUAAUUUCAGUGUGUGCUGCUCUUUGCCAGUCUCAUUUAAUGUCGUGCAACACGUCGACGGAAAAGCUCCUGUGCCCCACAUCCACUCGGUCCACUUAAUUUGUGGAAGGAUUGGAUCAGGAUGUGGCGUCUUUUACUGUUUUUUUGGAGGAUGUUGUUUUUCUGCAUGAUUGUCGCAGACGUGGCUGCCGCUCAUGUCCGUUACUCCAUACCAGAGGAGAUGGCGAUGGGCUCCAUUGUUGGGAAUAUCUUUCAGGAUGUCGGUUUGGAUGUUCAAAGGCUGAAAUCCGGGCGUGCCAGAAUAUUUACAGAGGACAGCAGUGAGUACAUCGCUCUGAAUCUGGACAAAGGAACACUUGAAAUUAAGCAGAGAAUAGACAGAGAGGAGAGGUGCGGCCAAGUGUCUCCUUGCUCUUUGCAUUUCCAAAUCAUCCUAAAUAACCCCAUGGAGCUCCAUCACGUCGAUGUGGAGAUUCUUGAUAUAAAUGACAACGCUCCUGUAUUUACAAAAAGGGAAAUGAAUUUUGAUAUUAGUGAAUCGGCUGUAAAGGGGGCUCGUUUUCCACUCGACAGUGCCAAAGAUCCAGACGUAGGCUCGAAUUCUUUACGUACGUAUAAGCUCAGCCCUACAGAUCAUUUUAAAUUAAGUAUACUCUCUCGCCCUGACGGUACCAAAUAUGCUGAAAUGAUACUGGAUGCUUUAUUAGACAGAGAAAUGCACGAGCAGCACAAGCUGACUCUAACUGCGUAUGAUGGCGGCGACCCUCCUAAAUCAAGCUCUGUUAGAAUAAACGUCAUUGUAUUGGAUGCAAAUGACAAUGCACCAGUUUUCAGCCAGUCUCGUUACAAAGUAACUGUACCUGAAAACUCCCCCAGGGGCACACAUAUCACGCAAGUAAGCGCCACUGACGCAGAUAAGGGAGUGAACGGGGAGGUUGUGUAUUCAUUCUCUCAAAACAGUGAUGUGGCUUCAUCUGUGUUUAAUAUCCAAGCAAAUACAGGAGAAAUCCACGUCGUGGGUGCACUUAAUUAUGAGAAAGUCAAACAGUAUGAAAUAGACGUGGAAGCUACUGAUAAAGGAGGCCUGAGAGACACGUGUAAGGUGCUGAUUGAGCUGGUAGAUUUAAAUGACAAUGCUCCUGUCAUAAGCAUCAUUUCACUCUCCAAUCCAAUCCCAGAAGAUUCCCCUUUAGAAACAACAAUAGCCAUGCUUAACAUUAAAGAUUUAGACUCUGGAAUGAAUGGUCAAGUGAAGUGUUUCAUUAGCCAUGAUUUGCCCUUCAAAAUAAAACCCUCGUCGCUUAAUUUUUAUAGUUUGGUAUCUAAUGACAUUUUGGACCGAGAGACAGUGCCGGAAUAUAACAUAACAAUAACAGCAAUAGAUGAGGGCACUCCGCCUCGCUCUGCUAAUAAGACUAUUCAUCUUAAGCUAUCAGAUGUAAAUGACCACGCCCCUGUGUUUCCACGUACAUUUUAUUCAGCGUCCAUCACUGAGAACAACAAUCCUGGUGUUCCCUUUCUAGCCGUCAAAGCCAGUGAUGAAGAUUCAGGAAACAACGCGCGCCUUUCUUAUUUUCUUGAAGACAACCCACUUAAAGGAAUGUCAGCUUCAGCCUUUUUUACUGUCAAUGCAGAGAGUGGGGAGAUCAUGGCCGUGCGUUCUUUUGACUACGAGCAAACUAAAGACUUUGUUAUCCACGUCAAAGCGCAAGAUGGAGGCUCUCCUACUCUCAGCAGCAACGUGAGCAUUCACGUGCUUAUCCAGGACCAGAACGACAACGCCCCCCAGGUCCUGUACCCGGUCCAGACGGGUGGCUCGGUGCUGGCUGAAAUGGUGCCUCGUUCAGCAGAUGUGGGCUAUCUGGUGACUAAAGUGGUGGCUGUUGAUGUGGACUCUGGACAGAAUGCCUGGCUCUCCUAUAAAGUGCACAAAGCCACAGACAGGGCGCUGUUUGAAGUGGGCCUACACAAUGGAGAAAUAAGAACUGUCCGCCAAGUCACUGAUAAAGAUGCUGUCAAGCAAAGACUGACUGUUCUAGUGGAGGACAACGGGCAGCCCUCUCGUUCAGCUACAGUCAUUGUUAACGUGGCGGUGGCAGACAGCUUCCCUGAAGUGCUGUCAGAGUUCACUGACUUUAGCAUGCAUGACAAGGAGUACAAUGACAAGCUGACUUUUUACUUAGUCUUGGCUUUGGCUGUGGUCUCCUUCCUCUUCAUCACCUGCUUGCUGCUUAUCAUAUCAGUCAAAGUGUACAGGUGGAGACAGGAGCGCCUAUUUUUCAAAUCUAAUGGGGCACUGCCGGUUAUUCCGUAUUACCCGCCCCUCUAUGCUGACGUCGACGGCUCUGGUACAUUGAAGCAGGCUUUCAGUUAUGACGUAUGCGGAACUACUGAUUCCCGGAAAAGCGAUCUGAAGUUUUCCCGCCAAAUCAGUCAAAACACCCUGAGUGGUGACUGCACUAGGACGGUACCCAGGCCAAAAACUGAUUUGGAUAAUUUGCUGGCAGAGUUUGAAGGCAUCAGAGAAAAAGUAACUGUGCAGAACUGGAGUUUGUACUGUGGUCUCAGAGUCCUGGCUGUCAAAUAAC